AGCAAUUCUCUGUUGGUCCCAGACAGUCUGCGAAGCACAGAUAAACGCAGAAAUGGCCCUGAAUAUACCAAUGACAUAAAAAAGAGAAAGGUGGAUGAUAAGGAUUCCAGCCACUAUGACAGUGAUGGGGACAAGAGUGACGAUAACUUGGUUGUAGAUGUAUCCAAUGAGGAUCCUUCCUCCCCAAGGGCUAGUCCCACUCAUUCACCACGUGAAAAUGGUAUAGAUAAAACCCGCUUGCUGAAGAAAGACGCCUCUAGCAGUCCAGCAUCUACAGCCUCUUCAGGAAGUUCUACUUCUCUCAAAUCCAAAGAAAUUAGUCUGCAUGAAAAAGCCAGCACGCCUGUUCUGAAAUCCAGCACACCAACUCCUCGAAGUGAUGUGACAACCCCAGGCACUAGUGCAACUCCAGGACUUCGUCCGGGCCUUGGCAAGCCUCCAGCAAUGGACCCUCUGGUUAACCAAGCUGCUGCAGGUUUGCGGACACCAUUGGCAGUACCAGGACCAUACCCUGCUCCAUUUGGAAUGGUACCUCAUGCUGGCAUGAAUGGAGAGUUAACCAGCCCAGGGGCAGCCUAUGCCAGUCUGCACAAUAUGUCACCCCAGAUGAGUGCUGCUGCUGCUGCAGCUGCUGUGGUUGCCUAUGGAAGGUCUCCUAUG